AUGUCGUCGUCUCCAGAGAAGAAGAGGAGGAAGAAACUGUCACCAGAAUCGAACUCACUUCCGAAUGAUUUGAUAGUGACCAUCUUAGCCCGCCUCUCGCAAUCAUAUUACCCUAAGCUCUCCUUAGUCUCCAAAACCUUCAGAGCAAUCCUUGCUUCACCGGAGCUUUACCAGACUCGAAUCCUCUUAAGCCGCACUGAGACAUUUCUCUAUGUUUGCUUAAGCUUUCCUGGUGAACCUAACCCUGGCUGGUUCACUCUCUACCGGAAACCUAAUCAAACCCUUACCACUAAAAAGAAGAAAAAUAGUGUUCAUCUUUUGGCUCCAAUCCUCAACUCUCCUCCUGUGGAAUUCCCAAGUCUCAUCGCUGUUGGUUCUUAUCUUUAUGCCUUUAGAGCAGCCAUUGAAGAAGGAACCUCUGAUUCUCUGAACUGUGUUGAAGUGUACAACACAGACACUCAAACUUGGAUUCCUGUGCCGCCCAACAAACGGAUAUUCAAACUCCAACAUAUGAAAGGAAUGCUUUACAUGAAAGUUAGUAAACUUUUGAGCUUUGUUGCACAGGAUGCUGAGGAGCUUGCGCCUUUAUUUCCGAAGCUUCGGUCAUUACUUUCUACGGAGGUUGUGGCUUUUAAGCCAAAGGUUUCGGAAGGAUAUGAAGUGUUAGGAUUUUCGGUCAAUACAGAUUUAGGUCGAGGUUCUUUUUGCAUGAUAGAGGAGAUUACCUAUCAUUAUGACCCCAGUGUAAAGUUUAGAUGGAGAAGAAGACAGGGAGGAGUUUGGAGAUCAUUAGUGGGAUUAGAAGGGCUACCUAAGUUUGCUAGAUAUAGUAGUGUUAAGUUGGCGGAUUGUGGUGGUAAGCUGGUUGUUUUGUGGCACAAGUAUGUGCCUGCAAGUGGGUAUGAGGAGAAGAUGGUUUGGUGCGCAGAAAUUUCCCUUGAAAAGCGCAGCAAGAAAGAGAUUUGGGGGAAGAUCGAGUGGUUCGAUGCAGUUCUUAGAGUCCCUAAGUAUUACCAAUUCGUUGGGGCUAAAUCUGCUACUGUUUGA